AUGACGAAGCGGAAGCUGGAAGACGCUGUGUCCUCCUCAGUGGAGGCUCAUUUGGUGUCGUCCAGCCCUUACCAGGCGCAGUAUGAGCCAGAAGAGAAGAUCAGCACGGUGGUGGUGGAGAACUUCCCCAUGCUGGGGAAGGCUUCAGCCUGGCGAUUCCUGGAAUGGGCUCAAGGAAACCCGGAAGGCGUGUGUUCACUGCCCACGGGAAAGACACCUGAGUACUUCAUCAAGUGGGUACAGCGAAUUCUGAAAGAGUGGAAUACUGCAGAGAUGCAGGCAGAAGCCAAGAAGUUCGGGCUUUCUGACAGGAAGCCGGUGCUUGACAAGCUGACCUUUGUGCAGAUUGAUGAAUUUUAUCCUAUUUCACCGCAGCAGCACAAUAGUUUUCAUUACUAUGUGAAUGAGUACUACAUCAAAGGUUUCGGCUUGGACCCCUCCCGGGCCUUGCUCAUGGACUGCUCGAAGAUUGGAUUGGACCGGGUGAAGGAAAGCUUUGGGCCCACUGGAGAGCCACAAGAUCAUUUGCAGAUGAGUAUGGAGGACAUUUGGUCCGACGGCCGGGUAGAUCUCACCCUGCGGACCCGGGAGCCCACCAGUCGACUGGAGCGGUUGCAGCAACGAGUGCUUCGGCAGGUGGACCAAUGGUGUGCCGAAUACGAAGGAAAGAUCCGAGCACUUGGCGGCAUCGGCUUCUUCAUGGGUGGCAUUGGGCCAGAUGGGCAUGUCGCCUUCAAUUGCCAAGGCUGCGAUCACUUCUCCACCACUCGGCUGGACGAGCUCAACUACCCCUCUCAGGCGGCCGCAGCGGGCGACCUGGGCGGCAUCGAGGCGGUGCGCAAGAGGAAGGUCAUCACUAUCGGCUUGGGCACGGUGACCUUCAACCCGCGCUGCGUGGCGCUCAUCUGCGCCGCGGGUGAAGCUAAAGCGCAAGUGGUCAAGCAAGCUGUCGAGGAAGAUCCGCACGUCAACUUCCCCGCGACAGCUCUCCAUAAGCUGCCUCGGGCGUGUUUCUUUUUGACCUCUGGCGCUGCGAAGCUCUUGAGCCGUCGACAGCUGGCUCUCCUGGAGACUCUCAAGGCGAUUGAUGACCAGCUGGUGGAGAAAGCCUUGGUGUCCCUGUGCUGCCAGCGGCGGAAGAGGCUGCUGGACCUGACCGCCACAGACCUCAGUGCGUCGCCCUUCGCGGCGGAGGUGCUGCGCAAGGCGGGAAAGCCGCUGAAGGACUGCGCGGAGCAAGUGAGGAAGACCUUGAUCCAGAAGAUUGAACGAGGCUGUCAGGUGAGAGAGAAAUGCCAGUUCUUGCACACAGAGCCGCACCAUGAUGACAUCAUGCUGGGAUAUUUGCCUGCGGUUCUACGUUCCACGCGAGUGGCCUCGAAUCAGCACCACUUCGUUUGCGCCACCAGCGGUUUCAACUCGGUGUCCAACAAGCACAUGCUCAUGCUGCUGCAGCGCGUGGAACGCUUUUCCCAGUCGCCCACCUUCCAACGCCUUUGCGCCGAGAAGUACUUCAGCGCCGACGCGGCGCUGGGCGACGCGGCGCUGGACUUCCGCCGCCGCGACGUGUGGAAGUUCUUGGAUGGUAUUGCCGCCGCUGACGACGAGCUGCGAGACGAGGGCGCUGCGCGGCGGCUGGUCUUCAACUUGUGUCAGAUCUUUGGAGAGUCCUUGGAGAAGGGCGACUCUUCAGGUCUCCUGCAACGAGUUCAAGGACUGAAAGACUACUUUCACAAGCAAUAUGCUGGACAGAAGGAUGAAAAAGAUGUGCAGACUCUGAAGGGCUCUUGCCGGGAAUUCGAGGCCGAAUGUGUCUGGGGGUACAUUGGUUGGCAGCUCCCCAACAUCUCCCACCUUCGCUUGGGCUUUUACACCGCCGAUAUAUUUGCGCCUGAGCCCACGCAGCAGCGCGACGUGUUGCCGGUGCUGAAGCUGCUGAAGAACGUGCAGCCGGACGUGGUCACUGUGGCCUUGGAUCCGGAAGCCUCGGGGCCGGACACCCAUUACAAGGUGCUUCAAGCAGUGACCUCAGCUUUGCAACAGCACGCAGAAGAAACCAAGAGAGACGACAUCACUGUUUGGGGCUAUCGCAAUGUGUGGUUCCGCUUCGAACCCCACGAGGUCUCGACGAUCAUCCCCGUGUCCCUGCAAACGAUCUCCACGCUGAACCACAUGUUCCUGAACUCCUUCGAGUCGCAACGCCACGCGGAGUUCCCCGCCUAUGAGAUUCAGGGCCCCUUUUGCGCGAUGAGCCAACGAGUGCAGGUGGAACAGUACGACAUCAUUGAGACGUGCUUGGGACGCUUGGCCGAGUUGAUGGACGGGAUGGAUGGACAAGAGCUGCCUGACAGUUGCGGCCUGCGGCCUGCGGCCGGAGACAAGAGCUUUCCAGGCUCCGAGUACCACGAGGACUUCGCUCGGGCGCUCGGCUUAUUGGCACCGGGUUGCACCCUGGUGGUCGAUGGCGUUUUGGAUCCAAUGGCACCGGAGCUCAUGUGGCGCUUGGCACCACAAGCUGGGCUCUUUCAGGAAACCUUCGCAGUGGUCACAGAGGAUGACUGGAUGAUGAUCGCCUUUGGCCUCACCAAUAGGCCUUUGGCACCUGUGCCUGAAGAAGUUGCGCAGCUCAGGUUCGCGGCCGAUGAGGCGAAGCGACGGAGCUCCUCCUGGCGCUACCGGGAUCGCCUCGUGGUGGGCCCCACAACAGGGCGCGGUGAAACGGAGGCCUCUCAACGUGCUUAUGAGCGCUUGGGCCUUUGCUUCUCCAUGGUCGAACCCAGGCUGAUGGAAAGUGGCUGGCACGUGGAGUUGACAAAAGAGCGGAGGGUGUUGAGAAUGAUGCAUUCCAAAGAGAAAGAUCCAGGGCACUUCAGAUGGUACUCCUGUGUCCUCGUGGGUUUGGAUUGCUAUGUUUUUGAGACAUACAAAAUUUAUUCUGGCCCUCCAAACCUCCGGAGUUCUACAUGA